AUGAAAAGAGUGGAAAGUCGUUGGCAACUCACAUUUAAUUUCAAUUCAACUGUUUAUUUAUUUAUUUUGCUUUCCUUCUUAAGACGACAACAAAACAAGGCUGGCUGUGCAAUAAACAAAACUUUAUUGAAGUCGCAUUGUCUCAAGGCAAAAGCUACACAUAGCAUAGCAAUGAUUGCAAUCAUACAUAUGAAUGCACUUUUGCAGACGACUAAUGUUCACUUAGGCAUGUCAUUUCGUCAUGACUGA